UACGUAGCAAUGGGCUGCAAGCUGGCGAUGCUCCUGGGCCUGACCGGCCUCCUGAUGAUGCUGAUGGUGGACCAGGCAGACUCAAUGGAAUGUUGCCGUGCUGUGGAUAGUAAUUGCAAACAUGUAUUUUCGGUUUUUUACACGUGCGAACUGAAGUGUCGCGACGGCACUGAGCCAACGCCCUACUGCGGAUACGGGCCGUGCAACAUGUGGGGGUGUAACUGCAAAGGAGGCUGCAGGACCAAAACAAGGUCCGUGGAAGAUCCCGAGGAAGCCCGCAGCCUUCUGGAGUUGCUGGGAGGAGAGAGCGCCAUGUCCGGCCGCGGGUUUGAAGGAAACAACGCCGACAGAUCUGAGCGGGUGGCUGAGGAAGCCCGCGAUCUCCUCGGCCUGCUGCGUGGGGAACGAAAGAACAUCUACCGGGAGGAGAACGCCAAGGCCGACGACGGCGAGUUGGACACCGUGAACAACGCGGACCAGGACAUGAAGCUGUCCGAGCAGGAGGCUCUGGAGGUGCUAAAGGAUUUGAGGAACGGGGACAUCAGCGACCUGCCCGAAGAUUGGUUCAAGAACAUGGACAAGAACAACGACGGGUACAUCGAUUCCGAGGAGUUGGCCAUAGCCAAGGACUCGCCCCCGGCGGAGUAGUUCCCGGAGGACCCCGGAAUGACGAUGGUCCCACCGCAUCCUGCGUGUGCCGAGCACCAUCCUGGCCUUCCAGUCGUGACUGCAGAUCAGCCGCAUAGAUUUUAGUUGCUUUUGCCUCAUUUAAUUAUUAUAAGGCUUUUCCAAUAAUUGAUCCUCCUUCAACCAUCCCUAAACUUUAAUGUCUUUAUUUGGUUAGAGUUUGACCUGGUCAUUGUUCUUUUCAUUUAGUUUUCACAACUUCACAUCCUGCCUACCCAAACGGUCUUAGUAACUUGUCGUCUUAUAAUAACCCGAGGAAUCUAUAGAUCAGCUUUGCGGCUCUAUGUAACACGAUUUUUGGCAUUAAAAGAAAAUACACAAU